GGCGCGUUCACAAAAGAAGGUCAAUACAUAUUUAUUUUUCCCAUUUCCACCUCCCUCGGCAUCCCAAUCCACAAAAUUUCUCUCCCCACUCGAAGACCGAGACUACGCCCUUCAUAUAGCACCGAGGAAACAGACGGGAUAGAUUCCAAGGCCAUGGAAUAAAGGAAAAUAACAGAGGGAGAGAGAGAGAGAAAAAAAAUCUCAUCUGACGCAAGCAGGUUUUCCAGCUUGUUGGAGAUGAUUGUAGCCAGGUGUGUGAUGGAGUAGAAAGAAGCUAGUGUCAACAGGCAAGACCAUAAACUAGAAUUUACAAUGCUAAGUUAUGAUGGAAUCCAAGAUGUCUUUACUGCCAUUCUUGUGAUCAUCAUAGUGUCAGUCAUUGUUGCACUGGCAUGGUUAUCAACAAAUGUCAGAGAACAGCCCUUGGUUGCAACAGCGGUUGUGGUGUUCCAGAGUGAGCGGACUGGUGAGAAUCAUUCUGAAAGUUCAAAUGACCAGAGUCAGAGAGAAACACAAGGUAGCAGUGCUCGAGAGGGUGAGGCAAGUGCUGUGGGCUUAGCCAACAUUGUAAAAGAAAGUGAGAGCUCCAGUGUUAAUGGGGAACCAGAUAUGGAAGUACCAGAAAGAACUGACGGGAACUCUAGCAAGGGCAGAAAUGACAUGCCAGAGAUGGAAGGCACAGAAGUGCAGAAUGACAUCAAACCAACUCCUACGUCUACUAUGGAGGCCGAUAACAAACCUGCAACCACCUCUACAGUGUCCUGCACAGAGUCUGCAGAUAUAGAGGGUCAAGGUAGUGAAACAAAAUCCCCUGAAAGUGAUGUCACAGGUCAGCUUGGUUCCUCAAGCACUCCGUCCCAAGUAAACCGAGAUGAACCGAAGGAUUCUGCACCCGAAAUGGAGGUUCGAAAGCGUAGGUUGCAACAGUUUAUGUCCAUGGGAGAAAAUUCUACAAAUAAAGGUUCUGAAAAUCACAGUGAGUCACCCAGCCCGCUGAAGUGUGAUGAGGACUCUUACCUGCACACUGCCAAUGGCAAAGGCACUGGCCACAAAGACGACACUGUUUUAAAAGACUCAUUUUGUAAUAGUAGAAUCGUAGUAGAAAAUUGUUCGUCAUCAGACAAAACAGAGCAGAGUUCAGCAUUGGACUCUGAAGGGGAAGAAGAUGCGCGACCCCCAGGAAGUAUAAGGAUACGGUUGAAAUUCCUAGACGAGACUCAGAGAUUUGUUUUUGCACAGCUGACUGAACAAGUUGGAAGCUUUAAAAGACAACACUUCUCCAUAGAAAUGGAUGCGAAUCGCCGCAUCCGCCUGAUUUUUAACGGACAGCUGUUGAGCCAGGAUAACUCGACGCUAGCACAGUAUGGCUUGUUUGACAACUGUGUAGUUCACUGCCAUGUAUCUCAGCCACAACAAGCGAGUAGGAACGCUAACCAGAAUGAGUCAGUAGCCCACGAAGAGGAGGAUGCGUAUAUGUCUGGUCUCUUGGCUCCACUCCUAUACUUUGUGAUGGGGGUGAUGUGGUACCUUCGCUACGAAUAUGGCCACCUUUUUAACACCAUGUCAACAGUCAUUCUCCUAUUUCUCACAGCCCUCCUCCUGUUUUCGACUUACCUUCUAUACAUAACUCAAAAUGUGCCUGAAAGUAGGAGCACAACCCAGGUGUCAGCACAUUCUGAAAAUGAGACACAAAGUGCAUUAUAGGCUAGAAAAUAAGAUUUUUGUAUAUAAAAAUUCUUUAUUAUUUACUAUACAUACUUGCAAUAUUGUCUAAAGACUCAUACAGAGAUGCUUUAUACAAGCUUUAGAACUACUGAGAUAAGUUCAGUGAUUCUCCUCUCGUUUCUUUCUUGCAGAGGAUAAUUGAGAUUCAGCAUUAAAUUUCAGAUUCGGAAAUAUGAAGAGAAUAUAGAUGUACUUUUAAUGUGUAAAUAAAUGUGAAGGUGCAAUUUUAUUCUUUCUUUCUUUCUCACUUUCCUUUUUUUUUCCUUCCUUUUUUUUUUGUACUCUUCCUCAUGUUUCCUCUUGUCUCACAACCCUUCCUUCCAUUUCUUAUUCUCAUUUUCCCCUCACAGACUUCCUGUUCAUCCUAUAUUCUUGUACAUCACAUAUUCCUAUUAUUCAUACUAUUGUAGGCAUUAUGAAAUAUGGCUCUGCUCACAUGUGGACCUAUUUCUGUGACAUAUUUGUAAAACAGAUCAACCAUACAUCCUGGCUCUUUAUCGUGUCAUAUCAGUAUUUAUAUACUGUAGGGCUGUUUCAUAGAUUUUAUAUCACUGCAGUAUUUUCAUGCUUAUAUCUAUAUAAAUCCAUAAUACAUAUAUAUAUUUUUUUUCAUUUGAUGUGAUGUUUUUGAAGAAAUAAACGGGACAGAUAAGUAUUUAUCUAUGUUUAUUUUA